AUGGUGAGGCCAACGCAGCAGGCUUCAGCGGGCGAAAUCUUCCUGCGCCUGGGGGAAUUGGAGGCGCGGGGCCCUGCCAACCUGGCCUGGUGCCUCGGCAGCCUGGGCCGCCGCGGCCUGCCUUCGCUUGCGGCGCUUUCCGGGGCCUUCACCAGGCGCUCCCGCGCGGAGCACGGGCCGCAGGAGCCAGGCACCGUGGCAUGGUGCCCUGCCACCCUGGCGACCGCGGGCACCCCGCUGUUCGGCUUCGUCGGGGAGCUGGCACAACGGCUUGACCUGCGUGAGUCUCAGCCCCAGAAUCUCACUAACAUCCUGUGGAAUCCUGGCACCCUGGUGCUGGCAAAGCAGACAUCGUGUGAUGCGCUGGUGGCGGCAGCUGCGGGCAAGAUGAGGGAGCUUCAUGCGCAGAACAUCUCAAACAGGGCUUGGUCGCUGGCUACUUUGGUUGCAGGACGGACAUCAUCCUUUGAAGCCCUGGCAGUUGAAGCCAUAUGCUGCCUAAGCCAGUUCAGCCCCCAAGCUCUGGCAAAUACUGCCUGGAGAUCCGCAACUGCAGGCCUUGCCUCCGAGCCGGCCUUCGGAGCCACCUCUGCGGAAGCAAUCCGGCAGCUGCCGGCUUUUGGGCCCCAGGCGACUGCCAACAGCGCCUGGGCCUUUGCCGCGUCGGGCCACCGUGGCGUGGCUUUGCUGGGCGCUUCAGCUGCAGCGGCGUGCCUGGCGGAGCUCAGCCAGCAGCAGCCGGCGAACCUGGCCUGGGCGUCCGCCACUGCGGCUGCCUACAGCUUGGCGCUGCCAGGCGCGAUUGCAGAGUCCGUGGUGCAGAAAAUUGCGGAGAUGAGCCCGCAAGGCUUGGCCAAUGCAGCGUGGAGCCUCUGCAAGCUGGGCAUGCGCAGCCAGCCUCCAAUGGAGGCUCCUGCAGCGGAGGCUGCUGAACGCAUUGGGGCGUCUGACCCGCAGAACCUUUCGAAUGUGGCCUGGACCUUUGGGAAGCCAGGCAUGACGCAGGAGCCUCUGCUGGAUGCCACUUCAUGGCGGGCCACGUGCCUGGCGCUGGGGCCACGCGAGCUUGCCGGCCUGGCCUGGGCACUUGCGACGUUGAGAAGGUACGGCGCCGCGUCGUCCGCUGUUCUGGGUCACGGCACCGUGCUGGCAAGCACACAGUUCCAGGCGCUGGACGCGGCCAACGCGGCGUGGGGCUUUGCCGCUGCUGCUGCUCAAGGCGUUGAGGUGGCGGCUGCACUGGCGACAGCAGCUCGCGCAAAGCAAUUGGAGUUGGACAUUCAGCCGCUGGCUGCUCUCGUGGACUUGGAUUUGCCGGGGUGUGAGGAUUUGCAGCGCAUCCUCACAGAGCGAGUCGACAUCUUCGCUAUGACGUGGCUUAAGGAAGACGCCUUUUCGCCCUCCAACCACAUCCUACAAGAAUGGCAGGUCAACAACGUGGGUAUCCAUGGCACCGCCCGUUUGCUAAGCAAAUGUGGCAUCGUUCAGCCCACCUUGGAGACUGGCUUCGUUCAGCGCGCGCUUGCAUCUCGAUGGCAGCUGACAAGAGUGAUGCAUUAA